ACACAAAACAUUUCAGCUUGUUUAACUCCAUACAUUCGAUUAUCCCAUCAGUAUUCUUAAAUUAAACUGGAAACCAGUGAUAAAAAUAACUCCACGACAUUUUCCACGCAUCUCACGUGGUUCUACUAACCUGAACACGUAUAAUUCCACACUUUUCAGCGAGUUUUUCAUUCAAACUUCUUGGAUAAACACGAAAAUUCAACAAUGAAAGAUCGUGCAGCCUUCGGAAUAUUGUUAUUAAUCAGAAUAUUAUCCGUGUUUAUUGUGAGCACAUGGUUUGUACCGGAUGAGUAUUGGCAGAGCUUGGAAGUUGCGCAUAAAUUUGUCUAUGGAUAUGGAUAUUUGAGCUGGGAAUGGACGAAAGGCAUUCGCAGUUAUUUACAUCCAGGAAUUAUUGCUAUUGUGUAUAAAAUACUGCAACUUAUUGGUGUUGAUUCAACAGAAAUGCUGAUUUAUGUUCCACGAUUACUACAGGCAACUUUAAGUGCUUUCUCUGAUUAUUGCUUCUGGAAAUGGUGUGGGAGAACCAAAUGGUCAAUGUUCUGCAUUGGUAUUUCAUGGUUUUGGUUCUAUACAGCCUCACGAACACUUUUGAAUACUUUCGAGACUUGUCUAACAACAAUCGCACUGUCAACAUUCCCAUUUCAAAAGUAUUCGAAACAUGAGAAAGCUGAAGUAGACUCAACAUUUUUGUGGGUUGUGGGUUUAUCAGUUGCCAUUCGUCCAACGGCGGCCAUUUUGUGGCUACCUUUGUGUGCUUAUCAAUUAUUCACCAGCAGGAUUGCAGUUUCAAAGAAUUUGUUGAAUUUAUAUCUUCCUGUUUCAUUGCUGAUUUUGAUUGGUUCAACAGCGUUUGACAGCAUAUUACAUGGCAGUUUUGUCGUCACAUGGUGGGAGUUCUUUGCUUCGAAUGUUCUAGACGGCGUUGGUGAAUUCUACGGCUCACAUCCAUGGCAUUGGUAUUUAUCCCAAGGACUAGUUGCAGUCUUGGGUGUGCAAGUUGUGCCUUUUUUGAUUGCAACUGUACGAGUAUUGAAACAUCGCCAUGUUUUUAUUGAUGAACUUGCACUUUUGGCGAGUUUUACUUUCGCUAUAUUUAUAUACAGUUUUAUGGGACACAAAGAAUUUCGAUUCUUGAUGCCACUCCUGCCGAUUGCAUUGCAUAUCUCGGCUGAUUUCCUAACAGUUUGGAGUAGGAAAGCUUCAGAUUGGUUAGUAUGGUUGGUUGCAGUCGUGCUUCUCGUCGGCAAUGCUCUACCUGCGAUUUACUUCAGCACAAUGCAUCAAAAAGGUAACUUGGAAGUAAUGACACCUCUACGUGAGAUUGCCAACAAAGAUCCAGAGAAUACCAACAUUUUAUUCUUAAUGCCAUGUCACUCAACGCCUCUCUACAGCCAUUUGCAUACAAACGUAACCGUGCGUUUCCUAACCUGCCUUCCUAACCUCUCAAAAGUUGACAACUAUCAAGACGAGGCAGAUUACUUCUAUAAAAACCCCAGUACAUGGAUCCGCAAUAAUUACCCACCAAACAAACCUCUUCCAAGCCACAUUGUUUCGUUUGAUGCAUUAUUACCACAUUUAUCUGAUAUUCUAAGUCGGUACAAACCGAUUCAUCGCAUUUACAACACUGAAUUUGUGUCGGAUGCACGCAUUGGACGUUAUGUCAUCGUACAUGAGUUAGUACCGACUAAUAAGGGCGAGAAUUCGAAUUCAGGUAGAGAUAAAACCAGUAAAUAAUUGGUUAGUUUGAUAUACGCAGUAGUAUUUUAAUUUUUGUCCAAAUAAUCGACUUAAAAUGACAAAUGUAAACAAGAGUACAAACAAAUGAGGCUCAAAGACAACUAGUUAAGGAAUAACACCCCAAAGUGUUCAUUUACUAACAAUUACUGGUUUAUUUGACAUUUGUUUUAUUAUUUUAAGGUUAUAGAGGUUAUUUAGUAUUUGUGUGGUUAUGGCUUUAGUUUUUCUUGUGGCAAUACUGUUUUUAAAUGUUUUGUGAAUUUUUAUACUCGAAAUAGACGCAUAAAAUGUA